AUGCCCCCUGUGCAGCCUGGCACUCAACAUCGAACUUUUGACCGGACCGAUCGCACCGCGUGGCCUCCUAGGCGGAACCGCAGCUGCAGAGGGCAGAGAUGUGAGCGUUGCGGCAGACUCGUGACGCUGCUCGGCGUCGACGGCUUCGGCAUCGUCCGGAGGCGACACGAGCGGAGAUGCUCGCUUGAUGCGGCGCAAGUCCCGGCGAUUCAGCCACUGGAGACUGAGCAGCCUGUCACUGCGGCUGCAUCAUCCAGCAGUGCAGCGCCGAGAGGAGGUGAGACGGAAGUGCCGCUGCAGCCAGCACCGGUGCCGGCUGUUGAGGAGGAGACGCGCUGGCGCUUCCAUCCUUUCAGCCGGCUGCGGAGCGUGCUCAGAUGUAGCAGGAGGCAGCGGCCACUGCAAAAAGAGGUUUCGUCCCCCCUGCUGGAUGACACGGCAGCGCCCGUCACGCCCGGUGAGGCUGCCGCUCCAAGCAGCGCUCGGGCCCGGGGCACGCCGAAGGAGUCGAGCCUUCUUUCCGCGCUCCGCGUCCCUGAAGCUCUCGAGCGGCUGGCAGCAGGGAGGCUCGACGGGUACACACCGCUUGAGAAAGUCUGGCUACAGCGGGUGGCUGACAAAGCAACCGUAGCGCGUCAAAGUGUGAAAGCGCCGCCGGAGGGUGAAGGUUGGCACGGACCGCUGGAGAGCAGCGAGGGCGGCUGGAGUUUACAGCUCUGGUACAAGUGGUCUUCCACGACGGUGAUCUCUACUGUCUCUCGCUUGGCCCUUCCCGGAAGCUUCCGCGAGGUGUUGUCGUUCUUCCGCGAGGCAGAUCUUGCAACCAACUGGUUGCCGUUCGUGAGUGGUGGAGACUGCUCGUUUUCCCAAGAUCUUCCGGCCCUCCUGACCAGCGUGCGAAUCAAAUUGCCCCUGAUCCCCUACUCCCUGCAGACGCUGAUACAUCGGGCUUUCAUCGAUGAUUUCGGCGCGGCUUCCUUGCCUGGGGUGUGCAUCGUUGAGUGGACGCCUGAGGAGACGGAGCAAACUGGUUACUGUGGGAUGCCGGUCCCUCCGAGACCGCCCCGGUCCUCGGCCAUGCAGGUCCAACUCGCAGCGACCCUUGUCUGCUCCGAACCCGACGAACAGAACCGCUGCAUCGUCAUCAUGGCUAACCAGAACGACUUCAAAGUCAACAAUUGGUUGGUCCCCAAUAUGGCCCUGAGGAAGUUUCUUGCCAUCAACUCCAGAGUUGUGGCAAACAACCUGUCUGCGUGCCUGGAGGACAUGGAGCGAGUUGGGUACAGCCAGCGUAUAGAGAAAGAUGCCCAGGGCUUCUACGCGGCUGUGAGGCAGUCAAGGGCCAGGCUGCAGCCAAGGCGUGAAAGUCACGAUCCCUGA